UGGACAUUGACAGGAAUAAAACCUAGUAUUGACGUGGUUGUACUGUCCUAAUACACCCUCACAUGGCAAUUUUGAUCCGCAUAGAUACUAAUCAUCUAGACCACAGGGAUUGGUGGAAGUCAUGCAAAACCGUUUUUUCCGCAUUCAUGUAAAGAUGGUACUGAAGCAGACACAUUGAGCACACGUUUGGCAUGUCAAGGCUUGUUGUACUAAUUACAUAUGCCACCAACAAAGGGGAUGGAUACAAUUUGGGAUUUUAACUUUCCUGACCAGGACAGUCACGCAAUACUGGAAUAUAAAAGAAAACCAGAAACCCUGAACAUGGGUUACAGGAAGCCCCAGAGAGGACAUUCCCUGUAUUCUUCAGAGGAAAACUGGGGGCGAAGCUCCAUCAGGAGACCCCCGGGUUUGACCUGUUGGACCCCAACAUGAGAGUCAUAGAUGUUAGUUAUAACUGCCUCCACGACAAACACCUGAAGUGUUUUUUCCGCCAUCCGGAAAGGAAGAAGCGGCUGGUGAAGCAAGGCCUCAUCACCUCAAAUGAGAAGGUGCUGUGUACGUGUAAGGAGUACAAUCGCUACAGUGGCUACAUCAAGUCAGUUCAGUUGCUGUGGGAGAAGCAGUGCUGUGCCCAGCAGAAAAAUCUUUUGAAGCAGUUCCUAGUCUUGCAGCAGCAAGGGGAGGUUCCGUCCCACAUCUCACUGACGGAUAUUAGAGAGUGGCUCAUUGCCAAGGGUAGAAACUACUUCAAGAACACGUUUCAGAGUGAAAUGGAAGAGGGGAAGAACCUUCACUUGGCCGAACUGGCUUGGGAGGUGAAACGACGCCUCAGGCUUGAGGAGCUGGAAAGAGAAGUGUGCAGGGAGCUGCGCCUGGAGCGCCGAACUGGACAGCCUGGUAGCCAGAUGGGAGAUUGGAGACCCCUGGGCAUGGAGACACACACACCUCUGGUAAUGGACUCUCCCUUCAGACACUCCACCUCCUCGAUGGACACUCUUUCCAGUCAGAUCUCGACUGAGAACCUCGAGGUUGCUAGGCUACAUACUGCCAGACCACGUUCCGCCAGACCACCAACUGAAAGACCUAGCAGUGACUCUGAUCACUCUGGAACCGUGUCUACUGUGAUGACCUGCUCACCACAUUCAGCUAGCCCGUCAGCGAUUACUGUUAGGGACUUGCUGCUCAUGAUUGGACACAUAACAAGCUCAGUAUUGGAGGAGGUUAAUAGCAUUCUGAUCCCUGCCUUGGUUGACCUUAUAAGGCUGAGAGCUUCAGAAAGUGCUGCAGAGAGUAUGCUCCCCAUCAGCAAAGACACCAACCAAGAUUCAAGCCAGGGCUCUGUCAGCUGUACCUCCUUACUCUCCAAAGUCAAUGUGAUCUGUCUCACUCAGAGUCCUGACAGUAGGUCCUCCCCAAUCUCCAUUGAUGAACCAGUCACUGCUGUCCAGACUUGUUGUAGCAGCAGUUCUCUGUCCAGUGAGGAACGAGCACACUCUUCCUCCAGUCAGAUCUCUACUAAGAACCUCCUGGCUACUAGGCCACGUUCUACCAGGCCCCAAUCUGCCAAACCGCCACCUGCUAAACCACCAACUGCUAAACCACCAUCUGAUAAACCACCAUCUGAUAAACCGUCACCUGCUAAACCACCAUCUGCUAAACCACCAUCUGCUAAACUACCAUCUGCUAAACCGUCACCUGCUAAACCACAAUCUGUUAAACCGCCAACUGCUAAACCACCAUCUGCUAAACCACCAUCUGCUAAACCACCAUCUGCUAAACCACCAUCUGCUAAACUACCAUCUGAUAAACCGUCACCUGCUAAACCACCAUCUGCUAAACUACGAUCUGCUAUACCACCACCUGCUAAACUACAAUCUGCAAAACUACAAUCUGCUAAACCACCACCUGCUAAACCACCAUCUGAUAAACCGUCACCUGCUAAACCACCAUCUGCUAAACUACGAUCUGCUAUACCACCACCUGCUAAACUACGAUCUGCUAUACCACCACCUGCUAAAUUACAAUCUGCUAAACCACCUACUGCCACUGACUACUCUGGAACCUUAUCUGCUGUGGUAGGUCGUGGGCAUGUCAUCCCUGUCAAACUGACCUUGGCCCCUUUCUCCUCCUUACUCUCCAGCGAAGAGACCAACACCAACCUCCCCUCCAGCAGCCGCCCCUCCUCGUGCUCUAUCAAGCUUUUAGACAGUAGGAGUGACAUUCCUUGCUCCCUGGCUGUGAGCUCUAUUUCAACAGUUCCUGGACAUGACUCUAGCAGCAGCCCUGUGCGGGAGAAUCAAUUUGCUACUGAGGUCUCGUCGAUCUGCCUCAGCCAAGAUAGAAAUGGCCAAGGAGGGAGUGUGACACCUCCAGCCCCUUUGGAUGUUUCCCUCCCCUCCAUUAUUGAGCAGGGUGGCGAGCUUGUAUGUUCCGUCAUCUCCAAGUCUUUAGCAAUUGUGGAGGCGCGGUCAAGUGUGAAUGGUGAGAAGGGCUCUCCGUCUCCCACCACAGUCUCCCAUUCUCCUACAAGGGUGUUUGUCAGCCACUUAAGGAGUAGCCCACUAGGUGAGGACCUUGUAGAUUCAACACUUGCGGAUGUUAUCUCUGUCCUGAAAAUGGAGGGAAUUCUUUCCUCCUCUCCGACUUUGGAGGAGGAGCUGCUUGAUCUCUCCUCCAGUUGUUCUUCAUCAUCCAGCGAAACACUGCAAUGUGUGUCUGUUGGCCCUCUUGGCGGUGGGUCGGAGACGUCCUUCAAGCUUCUUGGGGGUCGUACUCUGAGUAUCGCCACCCCAACGGCCCAUGUUAUCACAGAGGACUUAGAAGUCUACAGUGAUGAGAUCAUUGACGAAAUCCUUAUUAUAAUGAGGACCAAAAAAGAUGAUGACAGUGGAAGUGACGUCUCUGGUGCAUCAACACCAUGCAGCACACCAGCACCACAGAGCCGGUCCUCUUCUGCACUGAGGGGAGUGCUUCCCCAUGACAGGAGGAUACUCAGCACAACACUGCUUGGAAUCCAGAACACACUAGACAGUGAGCACCUCUCAGGAGAGUGCUCCAUCUCACCACAGGACAAUGCCAGAGUCCUGGAGAUGAUAAAGUUGCUGCAGAGGCGCCUUGAUGGGACACCCUCAGAGUCCUCCAUCCAUAUCACAGAUGUGGCUUCACCCUUGGGCUUUCCUCUCCCUGUAUCUCUCCAUGCUGUUCAGUCGUGUGUAUUUGCCACUGACAAAGACCUGAAGGCAGAAAGAGUGAAGGGAGUCUUUGAAAGCCUGAGAUCCCAGUUUAUGAGCUACUCCAUCAAGCCUGUGAGUAACAUCAUUACCAGGGCAACAACAAAGAUGGCUGCCUCCAAUCAGGUUAGUUUAGAGACACUCCAGGCAGCAUCAGCAAAAUCAUCUGCUGUGGCUCAGAACCUUAUUAGUUCGGUUUUAUUUCAAGUUGCCAAGGUGUCCUGCUCUGAUGACUUAGAGGGUCUGGGUGAUCAUCUCAGAUGCCCCUCAACUUUGACCAGAGUUCUGACACCUUUGACCUCAGAGAAAGCUACACUGACACCUGCUGUUCUGAAGAUCAGAAGGGAGAUGUGUAAGGAAGUGGCCACCGAACUCCAGAGUUUCUUGAUCAAGGAAUCCCUUACUGGUACCCAGACACCAUCCAAUGGACAUGUUUGCACUUCUGGUUCUGCCCCAAGGGAAGCUGUGCGGGACAUCCUGAGGAAAACCAAAGAGGAGGCUUCCAACAAAAGCCUGAAUAAUAUUUUCUCUGUUAAUUUGGAUGAGCGGCUCACAGACUCCAUUGCAGAUGCCUUAUAUCCAAAGCUGCAUGACACAUUGGAGUCCAAGAGAGAGCUGCAGGCUUCUUAUUACAGCUCCCAGAUCAGCUGCAGCCUCAGCCCCUUCGAAGUUGAGAGCAGCCUAGAGCUCCAGGAGUUCACUGACCCACUAUCUGAGUCAGUAUUGUGUCUCCUGGAUAGGACAUUUGGAGAUAAAGCUCAGAACUUAAAGACAGGCGGGGGUGUUUUACAAUAUGUCACAGACCCAACCUAUAAGAAGCUUUUGAUUGGACCCCACACCAACGACGUCAAUGUGGUUGUGCACACGAUUGCAGUAGAGGAGUUGCCUGUUGAGGGUUGUAUUGCGCAAAGUGAGGCCAUUCAUGGCCUUCACAAGAAGCAAGAGUUACCUUCCAGUGGCAGAGGGAAUGAGACUCAGAGCCCUACUAAUUGCCUGCUGGAGGGUGUAGUGGGCAAACUGGUACGGAAGAUGCUAUUUCAGGGCCUUGACGUCCCUGAGGUACCCAUGAACGACAGCCGCUCUGAGAGCUUUAAGCUACAGUAUGAACUGGUUGCGAAGCUUUGUCCUCUGAUGGUAAGGACAAUCAUGGCUACAACCAUAGCCAAUCAACCACCUACUAUUCAAGAAGCAGUGAUGUCAUCCGAGAACAUCCAUGUGAAAGAGCUGUGUGAGGCAGGUAUCAAACCUCUCAAAGAGAACCAUGUACCCAAUGACUCUGAGACAAACAUCAUGGUCAGAAGGGCUUUGAGUGAAAUUGAAUCCUGUAUGAUUGAGAACUCCGACAAGGACUCUCCCAGUCUACAUUCCACACCAGAGGUGGUUGUAGACCUGAUCACCAAGCUGCUUCAUGGGUAUGAGCUUGACUCAGAGGACUUUGCAUCACCUGUGUCAUCCCCAACCACCACUCUCUCUGAUGUGGCAAUGGACAUGGUGGUUUCUGUCCUUCGGGACAUGUCCGAUUCCCCAGACGUUCCCUCAGCAUUGGAAAUGACCAAGGAUCUCAAGACGCCGUACUCCCGCCCCUCAAGUGCAAGGAUUGUAAGUGCCCUCUGCAGAGAGCUGGAGGAGCACAUGGGCUCUCCUGAUGCUUUGAGGCGAGCUUUGAGCCGCGGCAGCGGGGAGAUGACAACAGCCAUUGCGAGUGCAGUCACCAGGGAAGUCAACCGUCUGGGUUCAAUCGUACCCAAAGUCUCUGUCCGGCCGCUCUCCUCAGACAUCUGCCUAAGGACAGACCAGGACAAGGUCAUGGUUAAGAGCCGAUGUGGCUCGGCUGAGGUGAAGGCAUCCCAACCGGUGUAUAUUAUUGUUCACGUAGAGGCGGUGAUGGAUAUCAUUGUCCGGCUGCGGUCUCUGAUUGUUCCUCGGACCCAGGAUAAACUGGCCAGCUGGACCCUAGUUGAGGAUGUGACCAACAAGCUGUCCAGUGCUCUGUGGGUGAGGGUGACUAACAGGUGGAGGGAAGCAAAUGUCUGCCUGAAGGCAACAGACAUCUUUCAGCUGGUGCUGUCUGUGCAUAGAAAGUUGAUGCAACGCUAUGGCACAGAGGAAGCCCUACAGAAGAUACUGUGCCACAAGGCACCCAAGCUGCACAAGGACAUUGUCUGUCUUGUCACGAACGCAAUUAUGGAUGCACCAUCCAAACUUCAAGGCACCAAAAAUCUGGAAUCUACACUCAACUUGAAAGAAUUGACAGCCUUGUUUAAUGAAAUGACAACCCGUCAAUCUUUGAAUAAGAAAGCUGAGCAGAGCAGCAUCAAGACUGAGAUUGAACAGCCGGAGUGGUCCACUGUGGAACAAGUGACAUCCGGUUCCAGCAGCUUCAUUAGGGAGCUUAUAUUAGAAGAAGUCCUGAUGAAGCUUGUCAAGAAGAUAUGCCGUAUGCCAAAAAGGACCAACAAACAUCAGCGCAUCCAGAUCAGUGAUCUGGUGACUGAGCUGAUCCGAUUGUUCGAUGAUGAGGUGGCCAAAUAUCUGAUUGAGGAAAUGGGAAGCCAGCAAAAAAGUUUCAAUUCUAAGAUGACAUCGAAGCUGGCAGAUGCCAUCUACACUGACCUUGGGAAGGUCAAGCGUUUGAAACGCUCCUUGAAAAUUGACGAUUUAUUUGAGGAUCAGGAGAUGCUUUCCAUUGUCUCUGUCAUUGUUUCCCACAAGCUACUGGCCAUCUUGAAACCCUCAGUGCCCAGCGAGACCUCAGACCUUGAAGACUCAUGCAUUGAUGAUGUGGAGGAUGCGGAAUCUGAGGGGGUGCAUUAUGCCACCGGCAGAAAGUCCAAGAGGAGCAUUGUCCUUAAAGACACUACAGACCAGCCAGAUAUGUACAUUGCUGUGGAUUCUCCACCUAUGAUUAAAUUAUCCAAGAUGAGGAAAGGCAUCCGGGGCUUCUUCUGGGGAGUCCAGAAGGCCUGGAAACGCUUGGUCACCUGCAAGUCCUCUGGGUCCUCUGAUGGGUAGCCUGGAUGACGUGCAGCCCAUGUCAGUUGCUUUUGCCAGGCUACAUCUGAGGAGAACACCACAACUGGCCUCAAUACAACAUUUGUAUUUUUGUUGUUCAUUUUUGUUUUCAUUUUGAGUCCCCUAAUGCUGCUAUAUUUGAACCAGGCUGUCAGUGGACUAGCUUACCAUUAGUUUAUACUCCUUAAGGAAGAUCCACUAUAGGCUACUCAACACCAGAAUUCCAUCUGGGUCUUUUAAUCCUUUAUUAGCUCCCACUCCUGUAACUAGGAAUGUGAGCUUCUAAAUGUCAUUCAGACAUCUAUAGCUUCUCCUGUGAUUAGGAAGAUAAGAUAAGAAGCCCAACCAAUUGACUAGAUGUGCUGUACAUCUGAUGCCCUCUCCCUAUUCUAAUCAUUGAUCCACGUCCAUUGCAGCCUCUACAUUUGAUGUAGAUAUUUAGCUUAAAUAAAAAAAUGACAAGGAGGGUAGGCCGACAGCAGCUUCUACUCUUACGAUUAGGAAAGUGGUGCUAAACUUUUUGGGCUUUGAGGAACUAUGUAUUUUAUUUUUCAAUCACUUUUUUUAUGGUACUUUUUAAUAGUUGUUUUAAUAAACCAUUUGUAUUGCAGAUUUUGAUUAAUAUUGUAUCUUUUAUAAUUUUAAUUUAGGUAUUCAUUUGAUGACAUGGGACUAAAGCGUAGUUUAUACCCUACAUACAUACACAAUAACUUCAAGCAGCUACACAAAAAACACUCUACACAAGAACGCAGGAUCAGCAUUUAGUGAAGCGUUCUUGUGUUGCACACGAGGGGUAUGAACUAGGCUUAGUCAUUUUAUGACUUCUAUACGGGUAUAUAAUGGUAUCCAUAGUGCAGUAUUAAGAUAUUCAUUAUGGAGCUUUAUAUUAUAGUAGAAAUAAUGUAAAUGAAUAAAAGUGAAUUGAUGUA